GUCCUGUCCGCGCGGUUAUCCUUGAAUUAUCCUUCCGCCAGUUUGCAGGGAAGACUUACAACGGCAACAGGAUAUUGUGAAACGCAACAGAAUGGACUGCAAUGAGUUCCGAGGCCGGGGCAAAGAUAUGAUAGAGUAUAUUUGCGGCUAUGUUGAAAAUAUCGAGACUCGUAGAGUGACUCCAAAUAUAGAACCUGGAUAUUUGAGAAAGUUGCUUCCAAAAGAAGCACCAGACACACCGGAAGACUGGGAAAGCAUUAUGGCCGAUGUGGAGUCCAAAAUUAUGCCUGGUGUUACCCAUUGGCAACAUCCAAGGUUUCACGCUUAUUUUCCAAGUGGAAAUUCAUUCCCAUCUCUUCUUGGAGAUAUGCUUAGUGAUGCUAUUGGUUGUAUAGGGUUUUCAUGGGCAGCUAGUCCUGCUUGUACCGAAUUGGAAACCAUCGUUUUAGAUUGGUUAGGCAAAGCCAUUGGUUUACCCGAUCAGUUUCUUGCGUUUAAAGAGGGAAGUCGAGGUGGCGGUGUAAUCCAAACAAGUGCUAGUGAAUGCGUUCUGGUAUCAAUGUUGGCUGCAAGAGCUCAAGCCCUUAAAAGACUGAAGCAACAGCACCCUUUUGUCGAGGAAGGAUUACUGCUUUCAAAAUUGAUGGCCUAUUGUUCAAAAGAAGCGCACUCUUGUGUAGAAAAGGCUGCAAUGAUUUGUUUCGUGAAGCUGAGGAUUUUAGAACCAGAUGAGAAAUCAUGUCUAAGAGGAAAAACAUUGUUAAUGGCAAUGGAAGAAGAUGAGACCAUGGGUCUGAUUCCUUUCUUUGUCUCUACUACCCUGGGAACCACUUCUUGUUGUUCCUUCGAUAACCUUCCAGAAAUUGGACCGAUUUGUCAAAAGUUUACAUCUGUCUGGUUACAUGUGGAUGGAGCCUAUGCUGGAAAUGCAUUUAUUUGCCCGGAGCUCAAAUAUUUGCUUAAUGGAAUCGAAUAUGCAGAUUCUUUCAACACGAAUCCUAACAAGUGGUUGCUUACCAACUUCGACUGUAGUACCAUGUGGGUUCGGGACAGGAUAAGACUCACUUCUGCUCUUGUUGUCGAUCCUUUAUAUCUCCAGCAUGGUUAUUCUGAUGCAACUAUAGAUUAUAGACAUUGGGGUGUUCCACUUAGUAGAAGAUUUCGUUCCCUAAAACUAUGGUUCGUUUUGAGAAGUUACGGAAUUAGUGGCUUGCAGAAAUACAUAAGGCACCACAUUAAACUAGCCAAGAUGUUUGAAGGACUAGUUUUAAAGGAUAAGAGAUUUGAAAUUUGCAACGAAGUUAAAAUGGGGCUGGUGUGUUUCCGCUUAAAAGGAAGUGAUAAAAUAAAUGAAAAACUGUUGAGCAAUAUUAAUGCUUCCGGGAAAAUUCAUAUGGUACCAGCCAAUGUUAAUGAUAAAUAUGUUAUAAGAUUUUGUGUGGUGGCUCAAAAUGCCACUGAAGCAGAUAUAGAUUAUGCAUGGGAUAUUAUAAAGGAUUUUGCGGAAGAACUGCUGGAUACACAGGCCGAAAAAGAAACGGAGUUGCAGGACGAGGUGUUCGAGCUUCUGGAGCGCAAGAAAAAAGAAACGCUCGCUCAAAAAAGAAGUUUCUUUGUGCGAAUGGUUAGUGACCCAAAAAUAUAUAACCCGUCAAUAGCCAAAGCUCUUCCUUCGACAAGAAGACAUCUCACUCAGCCAGCAGAAUCUCCAGAGAAUCCCAUUACCGUUCAACCACCUGCACAUAUGAGUGUGAGUAGACGGCAACCUCCCUCAUUUAAAAGAACUGCAUCUUGGAUUUCAUGGCCUUUGGCAUUCUUGUUCCAAGGAAUAUCCGAAGAAGGGGCUGCUGGUACAAUAAGAUUUCGUCACUUGGAUACAAAAGUGCGUCUAAAGGCUGCAGGAAAAAGUCCCAACAAUGGUUCACCAUCACCCGAUGGAGAAAACAGCAGAUCUCCGAAAAGAUCUCCUGUCAGUUCUCGAAGAGGAUCUCCUACUAAUAAUGAAUUACAGGUUAAUAAGUAGACAAGUGUUACAAAAAUGAUAGAACUGUUUUAGAAAUACGUUUAUUAUUAAACUAAUUAAUUUUAUAUUUGUUUAUAUAGAUUAAUGAUUAUAACAGAAAAGUAAUCAAUAUUUCAAAAUGUAUUGUCUACUAAACUAAACAACAAAAAUAGUCUACUUAAAUUAAAUACUAAAAAUAGUUCCUGGUUGAUAUACCAGCCGAUGAUAUAAAGGGUGUUCCAACGAAAACUUGUACCCUCCAAACGUUUGAACGGGUGAAUGUGGACAAAAUUCCUCGGACACGUUAAUUUUUAUUUCUAGGGGAACGCAUUUUAAUGUACAGGGUGAUCCCCUAUAAUGUCGCCCCCUUUAACUUUUUAUUUUAAGUGUCCCAAAAAAUUUAAAAGUUUGGUUAUGUAGGUACUAAAAAAUACUUUUUUUCUACUUAAAAAAAAAUUAAUAAUUUAUCAAUAUACAGGGAAAAACAAAAAGUUUAUUUUUUUUCAAUGGAUCACCCUAUAUAUGAAUUUAUUUUUCGAUUCCUUGUAAAAUUCUGAGCAUAAUUCAUAUCACAAACCAUAUACCUAAACUCAACCGUUUCUAAAAUAUUCGCAUUCGAAAUAAUAUUAAUAAUAUAUUAAUAAAUGUUUUUUUAAACUGUUAGAAAUCAAGAAGCUUCAGUAUACCAAAAUUUUUAUUGAAAAUAAGUUACUAAAGUGACAUUAUGUCAAUAUGACUUGUUAAAUAAGUAAAAAUGGUGUACUCAGACAGAGAAACACAAACUAUUUCAAAUUAUUAUUAACCAUAAUAUAACAAGUGGUAUAAUUAUCAUCGAUGAUAUUUUUGAAUUGAAACCGAGCUGCAGAUUUCACGAGUCCGCAGGACGAGUGAAAUGUGCUGCUUCGGGUUCAAUGAGUAAAUAUCAUCGAUAAUUAAUCAUACCACGAGUUAUAUUUAGUGAGAAAAUAUAAUAAAUUUUAGGAUUUAACGAAUUGUUAGUUUGACAUUUGAAAUUAAAAUGUGCUUUAAAAUAUAAAAAGACUUAGAUAUUUAUUCAAACUUACCUUAAUUUUAUUAUCGUUUACACCAACCCAUCGAUCUUUUAGAGUUUAUAAUUCAUUAUUUUAACCAUUUAUCAAACACAGUAUUUAAAUGUCAACAAAUGUCAAAUCAAGAAAAGGGUCAAAAUCCUUAGCAACGUGUAAAUAAGGUGAUAAAAUAUAUUGUCGCUGUGAUAAAAUGCGUAACCAUGGAAUACUGGCAUUUUAUUGGUUCUAAUUAUAAUAAAUUGUAUUGUCUUAAAAAUAAUUUAAAUAUUUCAGAAACGGUUGAAUUUAGGUAUACGGUAUGUUAUAUGAAAUAUGCUUAGAAUCGAAAAAUAAAUACUUAUAUGGGGUGAUCUAUUGAAAUUGAAUUUUCUUUAUACGUAGAAAAAAAGUAUUUUUAAGUAUGUACCUACAUAACCACACUUUUAAAUUUUUUGGGACACUUAAAAUAAAAAAGUUAAAGGGGGCGACAUUAUAGGGGAUCACCCUGUACACUUCACGCCCCCACCCGCACCCCUACGCGCUCUACCCCACCCGUUCCCAAAAUCAUAAAUUGCACGGGCGGUUGAGUGAUAUAGUUUUAAAGGUUUGUCAGUUAGUUUUCGAGAAAUUGCUAUUUGAAUUUUUAAAUUCAGAGAAAAACAAAAAACUUGUAAAUCAACGAAUGUGGGUUUUGCAGCACCUGUCAUUUUGGCCGUCAUCACUUUGGCACCUGUCAUUUUGCCAGCUUUUAUUUUAACAUCUAUUAUUUUGAAAGCUGUCAUUUUAAUACAUGUCGUUUUGGCUCCUGUCAUUUACCAUUUUGAACAACGUCUGUACCAUAGACUAGGGAUAGGUUGGGUGGGCGGGGGGUUAGUACUAUUGCAUGGAAGUUGGAGGGAAUCACUUUUAUCAAUACAUUAAUUGAUUUAUAAAAAAAAAUUGUUUUUUCCUCAAUUUAACUAAUUAAAAAAAAAUAGCAAUUUCUUAAAAACUAACUGACAAUUUAAAAAAAAUACAGAAUCUUAUUAAGAAUAAAAAUACCUUUAAAACGAUACGUCACUCAACCCCCGUGCAACUUAAGAUUUUGGAGGGGUGGAGCGAUUAGGGGUGCGGAUCGGGGCGUGAAGAGUUCAUUUAAAUUCUUCCCCCUAGAAAUAAAAAUUGACGUGUCCAAGGAAUUUUUUCAACAUUCACCCUUUAAAACAACUAGCCCUAGUUACUAGGGGGUACAAGUUUUCGUUGGAGCGCCCUGUAUUAAAAAAUAAAGGUAGUUUACAAAAUAAAAUAUGGAUAACACUUUCGAAAUAUAAGGGAUACAUCAUUUAAAUUUGUAUCAAAAGGCAAUACAUUAGACGUAUAAUAUCGUUUUAUAGCGGGGAACUAUGUUUUCUUGAUUAUGUAGUUUUUCAUGUAACCGAAACCUCUUCUUUCUACGCCGCUGGUCAAACUGGACCUUGGUCUUUUGAAAUUUUGAUUCGUUUGAAGCUUCUGGAAAAACGUUUGUUUCAUAAAAUUUAAUUAAUUAUUAAAUAUUAUAUAUUAUAUAUAUUUUGCAAUUCACUUUUUUGGGCGUUUCAUUUAAUUUUACCAGGACUUAAUUUAACAUAAUUAUUUACCACUGUUGUAAAAUUAAGAAAGGCAAAAUUCUAGUUAGUCAUGACUCAUGACUAACAGAUAGUUUGUAAAAACUAGUCAAUAGUUUAAAUUACGACUCGAACUGAGGCUUUCUUUUUUUCGCAGAUAUUCAGAUUUGUUAGUAAUUCUUAUUGUUUCUUUUUUUGUUCGGAAUUUGACACAUUCGAUUAUGUUGGUACUUUAUAGAAAUAUACGCUGGUACUUUCAAUAUUUAAAAUUGGUACUCCUGUUAAAUGCCUUAACUUUACUUUUACAUUUUCAUUUAAAUGUUAGAAAUAUAAUUAAUAAUGCUAAAAAUAACAAAAAAUUCCAAACGAAAACAAUUUUUAAAAACAAAAACCGCAUUAUGGUAAAAUAAUUAAUUUUUGCUGCAAAAAUCCACUAAAUAAUUUACUUUUACUCAAUGUAGCCAAUUAUAAAUUUGAUGUUUAUGUUUAAAGUUGUCAAAUUCCGAAUAGAAAAAACACUGUACAACAAAGUUUGUAAGUAUGUUUGGUAUUAUUUUUUUAUAGUAAUA